UUUACAGUUUACCUUCCCCAAAAAAUUACAAAGGAAUCUUCUUCUAGCCUUAUUUUUUCAUCACGUUUUUCAGAAAGAAAUCUGUAAAACAGUAAUAAUUGUGAUUUUCUUGGUCUGACUAGUGGUUUGAUUAUUUCUUCUUCUUCUGAUAUAUUCAAAGUCCAAUCUCAUACUUCCCCAGUCUAUCUCAUUCAUCACCAGAUGUGGUGCUUGAAAAAUUGACAAGGAAGGGGCAAAUGUCAAACAAUGUGUGAGUUAUUAUCUUGAGUUGUUGUAUGUAGUGAAGAAACAAUGGAUGAACUGACGUCACCAUUUCUAUCUUCUUCCAAUUGCCAUGAACCUACCACCUCAUCCCACACUGUAAGAAUUGAAACAAAUGGGGUUGGGAAUCCACAACAACAUGGAUUUGGUAUAUCAACCGUCAAGAAGAGAGGUAUUGGAAACCGGUCUUGGAUACGGAUUGAUCCGAAUGGGAAUUCGAAGAUAUUGGAACUUGAUAAAGCGACACUGAUGAGACAUUGUUCGUUACCUGCUAGAGAUCUUCGUCUUUUGGAUCCUGUGUUUAUAUAUCCUUCUACGAUAUUAGGUAGAGAGAAAGCUAUUGUUGUCAGUCUUGAACAGAUAAGGUGUAUUAUCACUGCUGAUGAAGUUCUGUUGAUGAAUUCGUUGGAUGGGUGUGUUAUGCAAUAUGAAUCAGAACUUUGCAGGCGCCUUCAGACGACCAGAGAACAAAGCGAUAACCUGGCUUUCGAAUUCAGGGCAGUCGAGCUGGCUUUGGAAUUUACUUGCAUGACCCUCGACGCUCAGGUGAAAGAACUGGAAAUGGAGGUAUAUCCAGUUUUAGAUGAGUUAGCUACAUCAAUUAACACCCGCAAUCUAGAACGUGUUCGUAGACUCAAAGGCCAUCUGCUCGCAUUGACUAGGCGAGUUCAGAAGGUCCGAGAUGAAAUAGAACAGCUCAUGGAUGAUGAUGGGGACAUGGCAGAGAUGUACUUGACAGAGAAGAAAGAGAGAAUGGAGGUUUUUUCCUCAACGGAACAAUAUUUCUCUAGUAGUUUUGCGGAGGAACCCAAGAUGGUCUCAAAAUCUGCACCAAUUUCACCUGUUGCAUCAAUGUCUGGGAUUCAUAAACUGGAAACUGCUUUGAGCGGUGCUUUUAGCAAACACGGAAGUUAUAUGAGUUCAUCAGCUAAUGGGUACAACAUCGAAGAGCUCGAAAUGUUGCUGGAAGCAUACUUUGUCGUCGUUGAUAAUACCCUCAGCAAAUUGUUCACGCUCAAAGAGUACAUAGAUGAUACCGAAGAUCUCAUCAACAUUAAACUGGGAAAUGUUCAAAACCAGCUCAUACAGUUCGAGGUGCUUCUGACUGCAGCAACUUUUGUGGCUACUAUAUUUGCAGUUGUUACUGGAGUUUUUGGAAUGAACUUAAAAACUACAAUUUUCGACUAUGCAGAUGGUUUCAACUGGGUCCUGAUUAUCACAAGUUCAGCCUGUGGAUUCAUAUUCAUGUGCUUCUUACUGUAUUUCAAGUACAAGAAAAUAUUACCAUUUUGAGUGGUGAAACCAAGUACCAAUAGUCGGAAUGAAUUCCAUUAUUCGUUAACUAGUUCCAUCAUUUUUAUAGAAGUUAAAAUAUUACUACCAUUUUGAGUGGUAUAUCUGAGUGAGUUUCAGAA